AUGUGGAAUGUAGUGGUGGUCGGAGAUGGAGAGAGCAAGAGUAUUGUCUCUGGUAGACUCAAUGUCAUCGAUGGAACUCCCACUUUUAAGACCGCAACGUUCGCUGUGUUUGGAAAAGGGUUCAUGGCAAGAGACAUGGGCUUCAUCAACACAGCCGGUCCAGCCAAACACCAAGCCGUAGCUCUAAUGGUAAGCGCAGAUCUCGCUGCCUUAUACCGUUGCACAAUGAACGCAUACCAAGACACGCUCUACGUGCAUGCACAACGCCAAUUCUACCGUGACUGCACCAUCAUUGGAACAGUCGAUUUCAUCUUCGGUAACUCAGCUGCAGUUCUCCAAAACUGCCGGAUCCUCCCUCGCCGGCCAAUGAAAGGACAACAAAUCACAAUCACGGCUCAGGGACGUAAUGAUCCAAACAUGAACACAGGAAUCUCAAUUCACCGUUGUAACAUCUCUCCGCUCGGUGACCUAACCGAAGUCAAAACGUUUUUAGGUCGACCAUGGAAGAAUUUCUCAACGACGGUGAUAAUGGAUUCGUUCUUGCACGGUUUUGUCGACCGGAAAGGUUGGUUGCCUUGGACCGGAGAUUCUGCUCCGGAUACUAUAUUUUAUGGUGAGUAUAAGAAUAACGGCGCUGGUUCGUCGACGAGGAAUAGGGUUAAGUGGAAGGGGUUGAGGUUUCUUAGUACCAAGGAAGCUAAUAGGUUUACGGUGAAACCUUUCAUCGACGGAGGAAGAUGGCUUCCGGCUACGAAAGUGCCGUUCAGGUCCGGUCUCUGA